UGGCUCCACGUCCCUCACCCUCGUCCCCUUCGGUCGAGAAAACAAAAAAAAAGCAUCCGAUCAAAAUUCCAACGACCAACGGAUCAAGAAUGAAUAUCCAAUGAGUCCCACCCACAAAAAAGGAUCAAAAUCAAAACUUUUUAAGUGGUCCGUCGACUGACUCACAAAACAAAGUUCGUUCCUCUGAUUCGUCAGCAGAGAAGGAGAGAGGGAGAGGGAGAUGGGGAAGAAUCUGAGGAUCAAGACUGCAACCUCCAGUACUCUCAGGGACCCUCUCGUGAACGGACAACAGGAAUCAUCAGCCCCUGCUCUGUCAGAUCUCGAGCAUGGGGAUGCAGUGCAGCCUGCAAAUGUUGGGGUUUGUAGGGUUCUGCGGCUGGCAAAACCAGAUGCAGGACGGCUGGUUAUUGCCACCAUAGCAUUGUUGAUAGCAUCUAUGUCCAAUAUUCUAGUUCCGAAAUUUGGUGGUAUGAUAAUAGACAUUGUGUCAAGAGAUGUCAGAGAGCCAGAAGAGAAAGGUCAAGCUCUAGAUGCCGUAAAGAACACAGUACUGAGUAUUGUGCUGAUAGUUAUUAUAGGAUCUGUUUGCACUGUAUUGAGGGCAUGGUUGUUUAAUUCUGCCAGUGAAAGGGUAGUUGCUCGCUUGAGGAAGAACUUAUUUAGGCAUCUUAUUAACCAAGAAAUAGCAUUUUUUGAUGUUACUCGAACAGGAGAGCUACUAAGUAGACUAUCUGAAGAUACACAGAUCAUAAAAAAUGCAGCAACAACUAAUCUUUCAGAGGCCCUGCGCAGUCUCUCUACAGCUCUCAUUGGUCUAGUUUUUAUGUUUUCAACAUCAUGGAAAUUAACGUUGUUGGCACUGGUCAUUGUGCCAGGUGUUUCUAUUGCAGUGCGCAAAUUUGGGCGUUUCCUUCGUGAACUUUCUCAUAAGACUCAAGCUGCAGCUGCUGUCGCAGCUUCUAUAGCUGAGGAAUCUUUUGGGGCAAUACGUACGGUCAGGUCUUUCGCACAGGAGGAUUAUGAAAUUUCCCGGUACUCUGAAAAAGUAGAGGAGACAUUGAAGCUUGGGCUAAAACAAGCUAAAGUUGUUGGUCUCUUUGCUGGAGGACUGAAUGCUGCGACAACUUUAUCAGUUGUUACUGUAGUGAUUUAUGGAGCUAACCUAACCAUCAAUGGGUCCAUGACUCCUGGUUCUCUCACAUCAUUCAUUCUUUACAGCCUUACAGUUGGUUCUUCUCUUUCUUCUUUAUCAGGAUUAUAUACGACACUGAUGAAGGCUGUCGGUGCCAGCAGAAGAGUGUUUCAGCUUUUGGAUCGCAUGUCCUCAAUGCCAAAAUCGGGAGAUAAAUGUCCCAUAAGCGAACAAAAUGGAGAUGUUGAAUUGGAUGAUGUCUGGUUCGCUUAUCCUUCUCGUCCUGACCAAAUGGUACUAAAGGGAAUUACUUUAAAGUUAAGACCCGGAUCAAAGGUUGCACUUGUGGGACCAAGUGGUGGUGGAAAAACUACAAUUGCAAAUUUGAUCGAACGGUUUUAUGACCCGCUCAAGGGGAAGAUCUUACUUGAUGGAGUUCCUCUGGUGGAAAUUUCGCAUUUGUAUCUCCAUAGACAGGUCAGCAUUGUGAGCCAAGAACCCGUCCUUUUUAACUGUUCCGUCGAAGAGAAUAUUGCAUAUGGCUUAAAUGGCAAUGUUAGCAGUGCCGAAAUCGAAAAUGCUGCUAAAAUGGCUAAUGCACACGAAUUUGUGUCAAAAUUUCCUGAUCAAUAUAAAACUUAUGUUGGGGAAAGAGGGAUAAGACUGUCUGGUGGACAGAAGCAGAGAAUAGCAAUUGCAAGGGCUUUAUUGAUGAACCCUCGUGUUCUCCUCUUGGAUGAGGCUACGAGUGCUCUUGAUGCAGAGAGUGAAUACCUUGUGCAGGAUGCCAUGGAUUCUCUAAUGAAAGGGCGAACAGUCCUUGUGAUAGCACACAGGCUUUCAACGGUUAAAAGUGCAGAUACAGUUGCAGUUAUAUCGGAUGGUCAGAUUGCUGAAAGUGGUACCCAUGAAGAACUCCUGAGCAACAAUGGCAUCUACACUGCGCUUGUGAAGAGACAACUCGAAGGACCCAAAGUUGAAAUAUAGUUAUAAAGUUUAGUCGGAGCUAAGAUUACAGGAAACAUAAGAUCAUUUAUAAGACUGCGGAAUAUACUUGUGAUUGUAUCUGCUGCAAAAUCACUUGAUAUACUUACUUUCUGAGAAUGAAGAAGGCUCCAGUUCAGCAAUCCUGCCCCUUAAUGCUAAUUUCAUUAGUUGAAACAUUUGUGCUCUGUUUGCGAUUGCGCUUUCUUUUUCUUUCUUCUUCUUCUUCGAACUUUUUAAGUAUUGUUCACAUUUAGACCUGGCUUUUUUGCUUUUGCUUUUGUGAAUAACAAUUUACCAGUGCAUAACCUGGGAAAAUGCUGAUUGUAGUCUUAAUUGAUUUGAGUCUUGUUACCUCUCA